AUGAUAAAAAUUACAAGUCCACUGUUAAAUCACAGAUUCAAAAUGGUAAGAGUUUAAUGCAAACCAUAUGAUAAUAUCCAGUUAAUUAGAGAUCAAAUAAUGGAUGUUAUGAACGAAUAUCUCUAAGAGAAUGAUGGGUAAGAGUGCUUAUUUAUGAAAGCAAACUUAUCAAUGUGAAAGUAAUUUCAAAUAAUUAAAUUGCUGUAUACUUUGUAACAGGUAUAGAAAUGGAUGAUCCUAAUUGGGAAUAAUAAAUUAGUAGAGGGCCAUUAUAAAAAUUUACUAUUUUAUCAAAUUCCAUAGAAAUUAGGCCCUCACGAUUUUGA